AUGCAUUAUACAUAUUGUUUGGGAGUCACUAAUACUUAGUGUGGAGGUGUCUAAGACCUAAUUCUGACUCCCUCAAAUACAGUUCAAACCAUCAAUACAACUAAUGUACUUAGAAGUAAUAGUACGAUGUGCUAUUGGGGUUUUAAGGUGAACUCAUCCUGGAGUGCAGACACUCAUGUUUAGAUUAGAGUUAACACUAUUACAGGAUUCUAUCUAUCUUUUGCAAUUGGCAGCUCGAGAGAUACAGCUCAAACAGUCUUGAAAUAUUCUGCUUUAGAUUAGAGGAAUCAUACCUUUAGAGGAAAUAACUAAAUUUUGUAUGUUCUUGCAUUUCCCUUUGCAGGUAAGACGACCAAUUUUCUUAGUAUCAGUUACUCCAUAGUUUAAGGUACGUACUAAGAAGCUUCAACUUCCCCUAGUUUUUAUGAGGAAAAUAAGACAUUAAUAGUUGCAGUAAGUUCUGCAGGUGGAGGAGUAAUUAUACUUGGAGUAGUUAUUUUUAUACUUGUCAGAUGGAAUAGAUCAAGGAUGAUAAAUCCAGCAUUAGUUAAAAGGCAGAACACUGAAAGAUCUAUGAUAUAAUCAUUCAAUAACCCUCCUUAUCAGAAUAUGAAAGCUAAUGUUGAUGAUUUGGCAUUGAGUGGAAUACCUUAUAAUUAUAAGUCAAACAAGAUAGUUCCAGUUGGAGCUUAAGGAAAUAUGAUUAGACUUGAUAAUCUGAUGAUUGAUAAUGAUACGAUGAUGGACUAAGACACCUAACACAAGAUUGCUGGCAAUCCAUAUGGAAGCGGAAGUGAUUAAAGAUUCUAACCUACUAGCCUUAAAAACUUGGUAAAGAUUACUUAUUAAUUUAUUUACAUUUAGAAAAUUGAUCAUUGGGCUAAAAAUGUACCUCAACCAGUUACGGGAAUGGAAGAUUAUGUACCAACUAGAAGAAAGUGA